CAUGUUGCACCUCUACAUUAUUUCAAAUGGGCGAUUCGAUUUUGUUACUAAUUUAUCUUAAAUAAAGUAAUUCCAUAUAUUUCACUUUUCCAAUAUAUAUAGAUACCCAAAGGUUACUGGUACUUAUUUGUUGCCUCAGCCGAACUCAACCGGCACUUUUAGGUAAUGGCCAUGAUUUUCACAAGGAAAACGCUGAAGCUGCUCAACUAUCGCCUGAAAUGCCUGAGCUUAUCCAGUUCCUGUGCAAAAAGAGGAAUCCAAAGCAGUUCCAAUGGAGAAGCGCCGUCCGUGGAGGUCAACUUCAGCAAUGGACGUAACAUGACCUUUAGUUCUGGUCGCCUUGCGAGAUUCGCCAAUGGAACAGCAGUGUGUCAAAUGGGCGACACCGCCGUAAUGGUCACCGCUGUCGCCAAAGCAAAGCCAAAUCCCGGUCAAGGUUUCAUGCCCCUUGUGGUAGACUAUCGUCUUAAAAAUGCUGCCUCAGGAAGAAUACCCAUGAACUUUAUGCGCCGGGAACUGGGUCCCUCAGAGAAAGAAAUCCUGUCGGCCCGACUGAUAGACCGCUCACUACGUCCGCUCUUUCACAAGGAUUACCGCACGGAGACGCAACUGGUGUGCAAUAUGCUGGCCAUGGAUGCGGUGCACAGUCCUGAUGUAUUGGCCAUAAAUGCAGCCUCCAUGGCUCUGUCCUUAAGUGAUAUUCCCUGGAAUGGACCGAUAGGAGCAGUUCGCGUUGGCCUCUGCGAUGGCGAGGUGCUCAUAAACCCAACUCGCCGGGAAUUGCAGUCAUCCCAACUGGAUUUAGUUGUCUCUGCCACCAAACAGAACUUAGUGGUAAUGCUGGAGGGCAAGGGCAAUGUGGUUUUGCAACAGGACUUGCUGAAGGCCAUCAAGCAGGGCACACGAGAAGCCCAAUUUAUCAUUCACGAAAUCGAGCGGCUGCAAAAAGCCUACGGCAGGCAGAAACGCGAAGUAGAAGUAGCAAACCAAGUAGAUCCUGAACUGGAGCAAGCUGUAAGGAGCAUGUGCGAGAUGCGUCUAAGGGAGAUAUUCCAGGACCCUCAGCACGACAAGAUCUCACGAGACAAUGCGGUCAACGAGGUGCGCUCCAACGUAAUCGACAAGGUAUGGAGUUCCUUUCCAGAUACAGAACCCACUCAAAUCGGGGAGCUGUUUAACCAUGCUAGCAGAUCUAUCUUUCGGGAACUGAUCUUCGAGCGGGGACUUCGCUGCGAUGGACGAGACUACGACCAGUUAAGGAACAUUUCCUGCCAGGUGGAUAUGUACAAGCCGCUACACGGAUCCGCCAUAUUUCAAAGAGGUCAGACGCAAGUCUUCUGCACGGUUAGCUUGGACUCGCCCGAAAGCGCCAUGAAACUUGACUCCCUGGCUGCUCUAGAAAGUGGAGGACUGAAGGCCAAGAACUUUAUGCUGCACUACGAGUUCCCGCCUUAUGCUACGGGUGAAGUUGGUCGGAUUGGUCCAGUGGGCCGCCGGGAACUAGGUCACGGUGCAUUGGCGGAGAGAUCUUUACUCCCCACACUGCCUAACGAUUACCCAUUUACUGUUAGACUUACGUCGGAAGUUCUCGAAUCGAAUGGAAGCAGCAGCAUGGCUAGCGUUUGUGGUGGGUCUUUAGCUCUAAUGGAUGCCGGAGUGCCAGUGAGCGCCCCAGCAGCAGGAGUAGCAAUUGGCUUGGUAACCAAGUUCGAGAACGAGGACACGAAGCACCUGCAAGACUACCGUAUCCUCACCGACAUUCUGGGCAUUGAGGACUACAUGGGCGACAUGGACAUGAAGGUGGCGGGAACGAGGAAGGGCUUCACCGCUAUCCAGGCAGACCUUAAGAUUCCCGGCAUUCCUCUAAAGGUUGUGAUGGAAUCGCUUCAAAAAGCUACCGAUGCUAAAUCAAAGAUUCUUGACAUCAUGGGCGAGGCUAUUAGGGAACCGCGAAAGUACCCAAAAGACAGCUGGCCAGUAAGCGAAACCCUAACUGUGGAACCUCAGCAACGCGCACAGUUAAUUGGACCUAGUGGUCUCCACAUGAAGCGGAUUUACCUAGAAACGGGCACCACGUUAACAGCUGUCGAUGAGACUCAUUUUAAUGUAUUUGCACCUUCUCAAUCAGCCAUGGAUGAGGCCAAGGAACUGAUCGAGGGCUAUAUGGUGAAGGAACGAGUGCCGGACCUAGAGUUCGGCGGAAUCUACACUGCCAAAAUCACAGAACUGCGGGACACCGGAGUAAUGGUUAUCCUCUACCCCAGUAUGCCACCCGCCCUGCUGCACAACUCUCAACUGGACCAGCGCAAGAUUGGCCAUCCCUCUGCCUUAAACCUUGAAGUGGGUCAGGAGAUCCAGGUCAAGUAUUUCGGUCGUGAUCCGGUCUCCGGUUUUAUGCGUCUCUCGCGAAAAGUUCUCCAGGGACCCGCACUGGGUAUCACUCGUUCGCUCAAUAAAUCUGUUAAUGAGAAUGGGACGUAAUUUCCAAAAUUUAGAAACGUCUUGUAAAGUUCUCGUUUGUUAUGUUUUCCCUGCGGAAAGACAUUUUAUUGUAGGCUUAAAAUUUCGUGUUUAAAACUUGUACGUAUAUAAACUAUGGAUGAAGAAUCAUAUCUUUUUCCGUUCUCUGUAUAAA